AUGUCAGCUAAAUUGACGUUUUUGCUACUCUGUCUUUCCGAGUGUUUAGAUUGUUCUGAACCAACUGAGGUCAAUGCAAAGUUGGCAGCUGCUGAGGAAGCCCUUUCACUAUCAGUAUGGACAACGUCAACUACUUGUCGAGUUCUAUCCCUUGAUACUUUGCUGGCAUUACUUACAGGAGUGUUAUUGGAAAAACAGGUUGUAAUAGUGUGCCCAAAUUUGGGUGUUCUAUCUGCAGUAGUGCUUUCUCUUAUACCCAUGAUUCGUCCAUUUCAGUGGCAGAGUUUACUGCUCCCGGUUUUGCCAGCAAAAAUGAUUGAUUUUCUUGACGCCCCAGUUCCAUAUAUUGUUGGCAUACAACAUAAACCUGAUGAUUUGUAUAUUAAAACUAGUAAUCUUGUUGAAGUUAAUGUAAUGCAAAAUCAGGUUAAAAUGUGUCAUUUGCCUAGACUUCCACGGCAAAGAGAUCUUGUUUCUCAGUUAACUCCAAUUCAUGCCAGACUUUCAAGUGAAAGUUAUAUUGCAAAAAAGCAUCCUAUACAUAGGUGCAACGAAAUCCAGGCUGAAAUUGCAACUCAGUUUUUGAAUGUCAUAUGGCACUAUUUGGAGUCACUUUGUUCGAAAUUGAAAUCGCAUACGAUAACUAGUGUGCAAUCAAAUCACGACAGGGUAACAUAA